AUGUUGAAUGCAACUGAUAGCGAGGAUACAAGACCGAUAUCAUCCUCCAUAUUUUCUCCUUCGAAAAUGAGCAUGAGAAAAUCAAAAGCAAAAAUCAGCAAUCUGCUGAGACCUGGAACUGCUCCGACCUCAUUCUAUCAUCAAAUUCUUCAUCAACCUGGAAAAGAAAAUGGAGAGGCAAUGAGAAACAGGGGAACGUUUCUUGCUCCACAAGACGAAAAUUUAAUUGAAAUUAAUUCAGAUCUUCCUUUAGCCAUGCUUAUUUAUUUUCAUACUUUUUAUUCCGUGACGUGGCUGUUAGUCACAGUAGUGUUGCAUAUUUUCAAACAAAAAAACUUCACAAUAACCUCAACUAAUACCAUUAUAUUUUCUGUGGUAAUUGUGGUGUGGACAGUCAUUGAGUUUCCCAGAUUACUCAUUGGAUACUCUGGAGAUUUGAAAGAAAAGGUUCCUCGAGUUUUUGCUUUCAUGAUUUUAUCGACCAUUCAACCCUUAUUGUACAUUUACUUUUUUAUUUACCAACCCAAUAUCACACCUUUGGAUUAUAUCAUUUGUUCAAUUCAACUCAUUUUCUAUGCUUUGGAAUAUAUAUUUGGAAUUAUUGCAAUGAGAAACUUUACAAGAGUGAGUGGAAUACGAUACAAACUCUAUUUCAAUAAGGAUGGAACCUUGGCAUUGGAUGACUCUGAGGAGGACGCUGAAAAUAAUAAGAAUCAAGUGGAACCUUUUACAGUAACCACAGGCGACGAAGUGACAACAUUUGCAAGCGACAACAACACCGUCGCAGAUCAUGAUUCAUAG